AUGUCUGUAUAUGACCAGUGCUGUGCAUAUACCAUGGGCAUUGUCAAAGCUAAUCUGGGCAUAGAUCCAUCUGCAGCCACAUCAGAAAUAAAGAAAGCUUAUCGGAAAGCUGCACUCAGACAUCAUCCCGACAAGGCUGGUCAAUCUUUGGCUAGAAGUGAGAAUGGUGAUGAUGGGCUCUGGAAGCAAAUAGCAGAAGAGGUCCACAAAGAUGCUGACAGGCUGUUUAAAAUGAUUGGAGAGGCAUAUGCAGUACUCUCAGACCCUACCAAGCGGUCAAGGUAUGAUACUGAGGAAGAGAUGAGAAGUGCCCAUAAUAGAGGCUAUGGAAGCAGCAUGUCGAGAAUGCAUGCAGAUUUCCAGAAUUGUCCAUUUGAGAGAAGUGGCAGCAGGCAACAAUGGCAAGAGCCUGCUACAUAUUCUAUAAAGCUUCAGUAUAGAGCUUCAGAAGAAGGGGCAAUGGCUCCGUCAACUCAACAAAGAACAGGAGGCAAAUGGUAG